CGACACCGCCGAACCUCGCCCAGAGUCAGGCGUGUAAGCCAGCCGGAGCGGCGGCGGCGGUAGCGGCAGGACCGCCGUGGCGCCGGUAGCAGCUACCCGGAGGGAGCGCGAGGCGACGCUGGCUGCGGGGACCCGGUGACAGCGCGAGAGUUUUUUCCAUUGAGCAGUCCAUUCAACUUGCCGUGCUGCGCGGCUUGUGGGAUCUUAGUUCCCCAACCAGGGAUUGAACCCAGGCCCUGGCAGUGAAAGCACCAAGUUCUAACCACUGGACCGCCAGGGAAUUCCCCCCAUUCAACUUUGGAUUGCAGUAGGAGAUUAGGUACUAGAUUUUACAAGUUUGCACCAUGCGUGAGUAUAAGCUAGUUGUUCUUGGCUCCGGAGGAGUUGGAAAAUCUGCUCUGACUGUACAAUUUGUUCAAGGAAUUUUUGUUGAAAAAUAUGAUCCUACGAUAGAAGAUUCUUAUAGAAAGCAAGUUGAAGUAGAUGCACAACAGUGUAUGCUUGAAAUCUUGGAUACUGCAGGAACGGAACAAUUUACAGCAAUGAGGGAUUUGUACAUGAAAAACGGACAAGGCUUUGCAUUAGUUUAUUCCAUCACAGCACAGUCCACAUUUAAUGAUUUACAAGAUCUGAGAGAACAGAUUCUUCGAGUUAAAGACACUGAUGAUGUUCCAAUGAUUCUGGUUGGUAAUAAGUGUGACUUGGAAGAUGAAAGAGUUGUAGGAAAGGAACAAGGUCAAAAUUUAGCGAGACAGUGGAACAACUGUGCAUUCUUAGAAUCCUCUGCAAAAUCAAAAAUAAAUGUUAAUGAGAUCUUUUAUGACCUAGUGCGGCAAAUUAACAGAAAAACUCCAGUGCCUGGGAAGGCCCGCAAAAAGUCGUCAUGUCAGCUGCUUUAAUAUACUAAAUGCAUUGUAGCUCUGAGCCAGGUCUGAAGAACUGUUGCCCAAUUCAACAGUGCCAGCAUUCCAACUUUGUUAAACCUACCAACAUCUUAAAUGGACUUUCUGUGGUGGUACCCUUUAAGAGGCGGAUGAAAGCUACUACAUCAGUUUGCACAUUCUAAUCACUUUCCAGUAUCACAAGAGAGAUUUUUACUUAUAUAAUAGUCCUAGAGUAUGCAGCUGGUAAAACCAGAGGCUACAAUCCAGUAUUACUGCUAAGAGACAUUUUUCAUCCACCAAUGUUGUACAUGUAUGAAAAUGGUGUACUGUAUACUUUAACACGCCCUAUACUUUGUAUUGGAGAGUACAAUAAUGUAAAUCCUAAAAGCACCACUAUUUUAGCAUAAUAAAAGAAAGUCCAAAGAGCUCCUA